AUAUAUAUAUAUAUAUAUAUAUGUGUGCGUGUGCGUCUAUUUGUGUGAAAAUACACAUAUGCUUGCUAACUUUUAUGGCAAUUUUUUCUCUUUUGAUUGAUGGCAGAAUAAAGCACAAGCAGCGACAAAAAUAAUAAUAAUAACAAAGACUCGCUAUUAAAAUAAAAAAAAAUAAUAAAAAAAAAAAACUAAAAAAAAGGAAAAAGCAGAAUAAAAGAAAUGAAAUGCAUUACAGUUGGAACGACGGAAGUGCAUGCACUGAACAAAUGUGCAAAUAGAACACGGGCGCAAUGUAUAUUGAAAGUUUGUUUAAACAUAUGUGUAUAGGAGAUACUUAUUAUUGCAGCGCUCAAAAGCCAAGAACACAAACAAUUGUUAAUCCAACAAACCGUGAAGUGAACAAAAAUAUAAUAAAUAAUCAAAGCAAUUUCUUUCAUUUGUUAUUACAACAACAACAACAACAACAACAGCACCAGCACCACAACAACAACAAUAGCAACGGUGUCGCUUCAAUCGAUUUAGAGCAAUAUAUUGAAGCGAUGGAGGCACGUACAACGGCUAAUGAACGUACACCGGAAACCGAUGUCUGGACUCAGUUGCAGCAAAAGGAAUCGGAUAUAUUACUGGCGGCCGAGUUAGGAAAAGCUUUAUUAGAAAAAAACGAAGAGUUGGUUAAACAACAAGAGAAACUAAUUGAAGAUUAUUCAGCGAAAAUAGAGAAAUUGGAACAGGAAAAGCAUAUAUUAAGACAAAAAUUAGCAAUUGCCGAAGAAGAAAGCGAACAACGUGUCUUGGAGUUGCAAACAGAUCUCAAUGAACUUAAGGAGAAAUUGCAAGCCCAGGAAAAUGCAAUAAGACAAGCAGAAAAGGAGAAAACUUUACUAAUUGAAGAGCUGUCCAAUCAAAAUGCCCGCCUAACCGAGCAAAUACAGGAAGCUCAUGCCACAGAAAUAAAACUAAUGGCACAAAUACAAGAACUUAAAGAUCAAUACAAUUAUAGAAAUACAAGUUUACAGGAACACGUUAACAGCUUGGAAUCCAUAAAAUGUGAAUUGAAUUUAACGACAGAAAAGCGUCACGAAUUGGAGAAACGUUUACAAUUGAUGCAAGAUGAGAAAGAAAAUUUAGGUUCUGCCUUAGAGGAAGCCUCAGAUCGAAUACACAUGUUGGAACGUCAUGCCAGGGAGCAGGAAACUAAACUAGAGACAACUCUGCAGACACUGGAAAGGGCACAACGUGAGAAUAACGUGCUUAGCGAACGUUUAGGAGCGGAUAACUACAACGGUUCGCUAGGCAAGAAGUCUUUACAAUUCGAAAUGGAAUGCGACGAAGACGAAGGAAGCUUCUCGGAUAGCGGUAAAUCAAGUCAAAUAUGGAUUGAGGCACGCUCGGUGUUUAUACAACUGAAAUCAUUGGUCGACUCUUUAAAAAUCGGUCACGACGAUGAUUCUGGACUAAAUUCUGAUUUAUCUUUGGACUUGGAAUCUAUGGACAAUACAAUAUCAUCGGCGUUACGUUCAGUUGACGACGGCAACGGUGAUCCAAUUAAUUUUCGUCCAGGCAUGUUAUCAGCCAUGUCUGAUGAAUUAACGCGUUUACUAUUGAAUUUGGAUGCUGGUAAUUUUAAAAAAAUGUUGGAUCAAACUAGAAAUUUGGUGCUUGAGCAAGAAGAUGAAAUUAAACGCAGUCAUCAAUUAAUACAACAACUGGAAUCUAAGUUGACUAUUACAAAUGUUGAGUUACACAAUGUUAAAGAAGAACGUGAUCAGGCACGGGGUGAUUUAACAGAUAGCAGUGAUCGCGACGAAUUAUUGGCUAAAGCGCAAAAAGAACGUGAUAAUGCGAACGAAAGACGUACAAAGGCAGAAAUAGAGUUGGCAAAGACCCGAGUAGAACUUAUGCAAGCCAAUAGUCAACUAUUAGAAUCAAUACAACAAAAAGUUGAACUCUCACAGCAAUUAGAACAGUGGCAGAUGGACAUGCAAGAAUUAAUUGAGGAACAAAUGCGUUCUAAAAUGAUUAAUAAUCGCAAGACGAUAACGAAUGAAUCUCAAACGAGCAACACUAGUGCUGCAGCCAAUUUAGCGAAACGUUUCUCCAGCUAUAAAUUCUGGAGUCUUUUUCAACGGUAAUUUUAUUAUAUAUAUUAUUUGAUCACGG